AUGAAGGAGUUGCUGUUCCUCCUGUUGGUGGUGACCGAGGCGUCCUGCAGGUCUCACAGCACACACAGCUGUGAGCAGCGCUGUAAGUGUCAGGGUGAUCUGAAGUUCACCAUCUGCUCCGAGGCCAACUUCACCCAGCUGCCUGGCAAAGUCCCGGCCGCCACCGAGCUCCUCGACCUGUCCGACAACCACAUUGCCGUCAUCCCAGGGCGCUCCUUCAGCAAAAACCGCAAGCUGCGUUUCCUCCUGCUGCAGAAAAACAACAUCAGCACAGUGGAGGACGGCGGUUUCUCGCAGCUGGAGUUCCUGCAGAAGCUGGACCUGAGCUGGAACCGGAUCUCCACCCUGAGCGAGGGCUUCUCCGCAGGCCUCGCCUUACUGAGGGAGCUGCAGCUGGCACACAACCGCCUCACCAGCCUGGACAGCCAGAGCUUCCUGCACCUGGACGGCCUGCAGAGGUUAAACCUGAGCAGCAAUGCCAUCCACACCAUCCACGUGAGGUCCUUCUCCUCCAUGAGCUCCCUGAGGCAGCUCCACCUGGAGGACAAUCAGCUGACAUCUCUGAUGAGCGGCAUCUUCUCCAUGCUGCGCUCUUUGGAGGUCCUCAACCUGGCAGGGAACAAGAUCAAUGAGAUGGAGGAUGGUGUGUUCAAGCCGCUCAUCAGCAUGACUUUACUGAAUCUAGCAGGCAACCAGAUGUCCGCCAUCUACUUCAAGGCGUUCCUCGGCAUCAGCACCUACAGCACGCACAUCCUGCUGGAGGAAAACCCGUGGAACUGCGACUGCGACCUCCAGAGGGUUUUCCGGAAGCUGCGCAGCAUCCAGAGGAUCUACCUGGACGACUACUACAACCUGACGUGCAAGGUGCCGCCCGUCCUGCGCGGAUACCGGCUGACGGAGGUGGACACGGAGCUGUGCAUCGCAGAGACGGUCACCGUGCUCAUCAUCACCAUCACCGUGGUGAUCACCCUGCUGGCCGCCAUGGUGAUGGGCGAGAGGAAGAGGAAGAAGCAGAAGAGGGGAAGCACUGGACGCAGCAGGGGGAGCUUUCAGAUGACAUCACACUCUCAGAAUCACCUGAAGCACAAACUGAACAGCUGCAGUAUUUUAAGCUCUCUCGUCUAA